AUGGAGACGAAAUAUUCCGACCAGAGGAUCUUCUUUGCCUCGUGGAACCGGACGCGCGAUAUCAGGGCGCUGAACGAGAUGCUCGUUAACAUCGCCAGAAAAAACCCGUACAUACCGGAGUUGAACGUCCUGGUUGUCGGCAUGCCCAAUGUCGGCAAGUCGACGUUGUUAAAUGCGUUGCGGAAUAUUGGCAUCGCUGGACCGACACCGAAAGCACUGCGGACGUCUUCCCAGCCAGGCCUCACUAGAGUACUCUCCACUCGUCUGAAGUUAUCCGUUGACCCGCUGGUAUAUUCCUAUGACUCGCCCGGCGUAAUGCUUCCUUUCCUCGGCAACGGCGACAAAGGAGCUGAGCGUGGUGUUAAACUAGCACUCAUUGCCGGCAUCAAGGAAGGUCUAUAUGACGUCGAGGCCCUCGCCUCAUACCUGCUCUACCGCCUGAACGUCCUGGACCCCGUAUCUCCCGCCUACCUGCGCAUCCUCCCGCCCGGCACGCCGCCACUCGUCGACGUCCUCGAGUUCCUCGACACCCUCGCCCGGCGCCUCUGCAUGCUCAAGCGCGGCGGCGUCCCCGACCAGGCUCGCGCCGCUGUGUGGUUCAUCGGGUGGUGGCGCGAGGAGGGUGGACUCCUCUCCGCAUCCGCCCCGCUACUUGCCGCUUCCCCUUCUCCCACUCUGGACCCCCCCUCGCAGCGCCGCGGCUGGGGCUUCGACGUCGAGUGGACCGUCAACGCGGACGAGGCUCGCCAGUACGACACGGCGGUCAUCCAGCGCAAGAUGGAAGAGUGCAUCGACGCGUUUGAGCGUGCGGCGCUCGAGGAAGAGCGCGAGGGCGGUGGCGUGAGCUCCACGCAGGAGAAGAAGCGGAUAAAGGAGCAGACGAUUGCAAAACGCGUGGCAAAAACCCGGGCGAGGCUUACGGCGAAGCGCGGCGGCAGGUAG